AUGUGCACUGUUCCUAUAGGAACAUGGUUUGUUUGGUGGCACCAUACGGGUUGCAGGAUGCGAAUUGGUUUCGAAACCCGGGGCAGGAAGCAUGGCUGGGGAGAGGCACAGCAGGAAGCGCCUGAGGCUCACCUGGGUCGGCGCAACGACACACAAGCUUCCAUCUCGACUCUUACAACGACGACAGUCAUCCAGGCUACCCAUGUGAAGGUCGAUGAUUAUGGAUCGCCGUCUGGACGCCUGGAAGGAGAAGUCUAUUCAAUAGAAAAAAUCUCCGCCUCGAUCACGAACACGAAACAUCCUCGCCAUGGAGAAUGCUAUUAUUGGUUGUGGAGGCCGCUAGACGCUUGUCUGGAAGACAGUCCGCCUGUUCAGGGAUAG